AUGUCAGACGUGAAGAGAAAGAAUAUAGACCACCACAAAACAGCACCUUCCAAGAGAUCAAAGACGGUCAGAUCUAAAAACCCAGUCAAUUCAGAUACUCAACUUUCCGAAUGCUUUAAAACUGUUUCUUCUUCACUUUACGUUUCCUUGGCUCCUGCAUUCAAUGAUGACCCGGUGUUGGGAAUCAAGCAACAACACCUAGAUCCAUUGGUGAUGAGGUUUCAUCCGAAGUUGAAAGGUGUCAUACUAUCCUAUUCAGAUAUAGAAUUGGAAACUGAAGCCCAGGAUCAAAACCUUGCUAAAAUAGAAAACUCCUCGCCAUUCACUUUCCUUUGGGUUAAUGUACUGUUCUUAAUUUGGAGUCCUGGUGUAGGCGAUGUUUUGGAAGGUGACAUCUUUAUCCAAACUCCAUCACAUUUGGGAUUGUUGAUUUGCGAUGUUUUCAAUGCGUCGAUUAAAAAGUUCAACAUUCCUAUGGGGUGGAGCUUUACUAGCAGCCAGCAAGACGAAGUGGUUGGAAAUGAUGAUAAAAAGACCUAUGGGUAUUGGAGUGACGAAAAUGGACAGAAAGUUGAUGGGAAAUUGAAAUUCACCAUUAAGAAUGUCUACACGACCGGAAGAGUCAUUAGCAUUGAAGGUACGUUGAUUACGCCUGGUGAGGAAAGAAACGCCCAACCAGUUUAUGAACAAAAGAGCACUCCAAAGUCCGUGGCUGGCAGUGGAAAGCACAAGAAGUUUGACGAUGACGAUGGCGAUGACGAGGAGGUUGGUGGCGGCGCAGUCACUACGACUGAAAUCGCCGAGCCUGAUGAAAAUGAAGAGUUACCUGUUUACAUCAAUGAAAGUGAAGAUGCAGACGAAAACGAAAACGAAAACGAAGAUGGGGAAGUUGUAAACAGGUCUGACUCAGCUGAAGAUGAAGUAGAAUCCGAUUAA